UGAGUCCGAUAAGGUUGACGGCUGUGAUAAAAGAGUUGACUGGGGAAGUUGUCAAUGCUAAAGCGUUAAGAGAUGGUAGUUUGUUUAUGUUCUGUAAGGACAUGACGCAGAGGGAGAAAGCUCUCGGAGUGAAGCAAAUAGGGAAGUGUAAGGUGUUGUCGAGCAGCUGGAGUGAUCAAGCAGGGAAGCAGUGGAUUAAAGGGGUGAUAACAGGAGUGCCUGUGAGUGUUAGCAUUCAAGAGAUAAGGGACAAUUUGACAGGAGGCGUUUUAGUGAAUGUUCAUAGAUUGCGAUCAAUAAGGGGUGGAGUUAGGGCAGAUAGCCCGUCUAUACUGUUACACUUCAAGGACCAGGUACUGCCAAAAUAAAGUAACCAUAGUUCAUAGCUCAUAAUGUGGCAUAUAGUGUGUGUGAGGCUAUGAAGCAGGCAGUAGUGGUGCAACAAGUGAGAGAAGGGUGUCUUAUGUGGAGGUAGUGAGGGUGGUUCAGGUCCAGAGAGAUACAGGUUCAAGAGAGAGAUGGGUAGGAGCAUCUAGAUGGGGAUUACGGGGCAGGUGGGUGACGAUAUGGUAUACAUUGAUAAGAGAAAGCUGGUGACGUUCAUAGCAGCAGUUAUCAACAGCACCCCUGAAGUAAAGUCUAAAACGGAGAAGAUUAAGCGAAUAGUGGGUGCCGCUGGGAGACAUCUGAGUAUGACAGGCUUGACAUGGGAAGAGGUUCAAGAUGACCUCAAUCAGCCGAGGGUGGAGUCCUGUAUUACUGGAUCUUAAUUAUGAUGGUAGUACUACAAUGGAAUGCUCCAUGCCUGUUGGCUAAUGGGCAGGAGUUAAAUAAUAUAAUUGUGGAUAUGCCAGCUAAGCCUGACGUGAUUUGUGUGCAGGAAACAUGACUCAAACCGAAUGUGGAGUUUAUAACACAUAGGGCCCGAGGUGCAGGGGGAAGGGGUGAUGUGCCACCUUCAUAAAGCAAGGACUUCCAUACAGGAUGCUAGGUAAAGGUAUUGAACAGGAAUAUGUGGUGGUGGCAGUGUGGUUGAGAGGAGAGAUGGUAGUGAACUACUAUAAUACGUGUCAGGUAUUAGACCUAGAAGAGUUGGAGAUGGUGGAGGGCCAGGAUAGAAGUAAGGUAACAUGUGGGGAUUUUAAUGUCCACAACACGCUCUGGGGGUGGAUGGAUGGAUGGAAAUGGCCAGGUGAUGGAAAAUCUGAUAGAAGUUAAAGAUCUGGUGUGCCUGAAUGAUGGCCCAGGGGCCAGGAUUGAUGUAGUUACAGGGAAAGAGUUUGGAUUGGACCUCUCGGGUAUCUAGUGUGAUGACCGGAAUCUGUGAUUGGGAGGAGUUGACAGUAGGGAGUGAUCAUUACCCAAUAGUAUGCACAGUAGGCCAGAGGGAGGAGGAGGUGUCAGUGGUAGGCAGGUGGGUGUUUGAAAGGGCAAAGUGGGAUCAGUUUCAGGAGUUAAGUGAGCGGGUGAUGGCUCGGGUGGAUUUGAGAGGGGAAGUGGAUAGUAUGAAUAAUUGGGUGAGAACAGCGUUAGUGGGGAAAGCUACUGAGGCUAUACCUAAGAGUUCAGGGAGGAGGAGGAAAGCAGUCCCGUGGAGGACAAUGGAGUGUGGGCAAUGGUGAGGAGUAGGAACAGGGCAUUUAGAGUAGAGGUCGACCGAUUAAUCGACAUGGCCGAUUAAUUAGGGACGAUUUGAAGUUUUCAUAACAAUUGGUAAUCUGCAUUUUUGGAUGCCGAUUACAUUGCACUCCACGAGGAGACUGCGUGGCAGGCUGACCACCUGUUACGCGAGUGCAGGAAGGAGCCAAGAUUUAAUGCAUGAGGGAUCCAGUGGACGCUUGCCCCAAACAAGAUGAGGAGACUAGUGUCCCGGAAGAAGGCUCUAACCCUGGUGAAGGAGCUGGAUGCAUUCCCCAAGGUUCCAGAGAGCUAUGUGGAAACCACAGCCAGUGGGGGAACAGUGUCCCUGAUAGCCUUCACAGCCAUGGCUCUGCUGGCUUUCCUUGAGUUCUUUGUGUAUCGAGACACGUGGAUGCAGUAUGAGUAUGAAGUUGAUAAAGACUUCUCCAGUAAAUUAAGAAUAAACAUAGACAUCACAGUUGCCAUGAGGUGUCAAUUUGUAGGUGCAGAUGUCCUAGACUUGGCAGAGACCAUGGUAGCUUCAGAUGGCCUACAUUAUGAGCCAGUCACCUUUGACCUCUCUCCUCAGCAAAGGCUGUGGCACAGAACUCUGCUGAUGAUCCAGGACCGCCUUAGGGAGGAACACUCGCUGCAGGAUGUGAUCUUCAAGACCGUCCUGAAAGGAUCCCCCACCGCCCUUCCUCCCAGAGAGGACAGCCCCUCCCAGUCGCCUGCGGCCUGCAGGAUACACGGCCAUCUUUAUGUCAACAAGGUGGCUGGCAACUUCCACAUCACUGUGGGCAAGGCUAUCCCACAUCCUAGAGGCCACGCCCAUCUAGCGGCCCUCGUCAGCCACGAUACGUACAACUUCUCCCAUCGCAUCGACCACCUGUCGUUCGGAGAGGAGAUCCCAGGGAUCAUCAACCCUCUGGACGGGACAGAGAAAGUCUGCACUGACCAUAAUCAGAUGUUUCAGUACUUCAUCACCAUAGUGCCCACCAAACUGAACACCUACCAGAUCUCAGCAGACACAAACCAGUACUCUGUCACCGAAAGGGAGCGGGUGAUCAACCACGCGGUGGGCAGCCACGGAGUAUCUGGGAUCUUUAUGAAGUAUGAUAUCAGCUCGUUGAUGGUGAAAGUCACCGAGCAGCACAUGCCCCUGUGGAGGUUCCUUGUCAGGCUUUGUGGCAUCAUCGGAGGCAUUUUCUCCACCACAGGUAUGAUCCAUGGAAUGGUGGGCUUCUUGGUGGACGUCAUCUGCUGUCGCCUCCAACUAGGAGUCUACAAACCCCGGGAGAUGGGCCUGCUGGACGACCAUGUAAAAAACGAAGCCCCUGCCCCACCCCUGGAAGCUACAGAAAACCACACCCACUGACAGGACUCCCUAGGGCAGGGAUUAUCAACUAGAUCAGGGCUCUCCAACCCUGUUCCUUGAGAGCUAUCCUCCUGUAGGUUUUCGCUCCAACCCCAGUUAACUGAUCUGGUUCAGCUUUUCAACAACUAAUUAUUAAGAAUCGGGUGCGCUAGAUUAGGGUUGGGGCAAAAAUCUACAGGAAGGUUUUUCUUUUUCUUGAGCGGAUGGUCAGGGGGCGGGAACAUAAUUGUAAAUUGACCUGAAUAAUAAUCAUUUUAAACCUCGCUUACGAUCACAUAUCUCUCUAUAAUGCGUGGGAAUACUUUGGAACUUAUUUUUUUCAAAAUUAAAAUGACUUGAAGCUGAUUUUCUGGUGUUUUUACAGUCAUUUUGUCCCAAAAAAUAUUGGGGGAGGGGGACAAAUAAAAUCCCUCGUGUGAAUUGGAUCCCAAUUCAUGGUUGCCAAGAAAGCCAGGUUUCCCCCACCAAAAAAAACAAUAAAGAAAAUAAAUCAA